AUGAGAUACACUCUGCUGCUCGCGGCCAGCGCCGCCCUGGCUCUCGCGGUGCCCCAAGGCCACUCCAAGCGGGCCUCGUCCUUUGUUUGGUUUGGCGCAAGUGAGUCCGGAGCGGAGUUUGGCAGUGGAAAUAUUCCGGGGGUACUGGGAACAGACUACAUUUGGCCAGACACUUCGGCCAUUCAAACCCUACGCAACGCGGGUAUGAACAUCUUCCGGGUGCCAUUCUUGAUGGAGCGAUUGGUUCCCAAUACAUUGACUUCGACCCCAAAUGAGACAUACCUACAAGAUCUGAAGAGUACGGUGGAGUACAUCACGUCUGCCGGCGCGUAUGCUAUCGUUGAUCCACACAACUUUGGGCGAUACUAUGGCAACAUCAUCACCUCCACGAGUGACUUUGCUGCAUUUUGGACGACUGUGGCAACGCAAUUUGCAUCGAAUGACAAGGUCAUAUUUGACACGAACAACGAAUUCAACACGGAGGACCAAACACUGGUGCUUGAUCUCAACCAGGCGGCUAUUAACGCAAUCCGGGCUGCUGGAGCCACCUCGCAGUAUAUCUUCGUAGAAGGAAAUUCGUGGAGUGGCGCCUGGACGUGGACAUCGGUCAAUAGCAAUCUGGUCAAUCUAACGGACCCCAAUGACAAAAUCGUCUACGAGAUGCACCAGUAUCUCGACUCGGGUGGGUCUGGCACAUCCGACACAUGUGUCAGUACGACCAUCGGCCAGGAGCGUGUAGAGGCAGCGACAGAAUGGCUGCAAAGCAAUGGGAAACUUGGUUUUCUGGGCGAGUUUGCCGGUGGUGCUAACUCAGUCUGUCAGAGCGCUGUGACUGGAAUGCUGAGCUACUUGCAAGAGAACAGCGACGUCUGGCUCGGAGCAUCCUGGUGGGCUGCAGGGCCAUGGUGGGGGACUUAUAUUUUUUCGAUGGAGCCGCCCUCGGGGACUGCGUAUACUUACUAUCUGAAUAUCUUGUCUGCCUACUUUCCUUCCACUUCGGGAAGUUCUGGCGGUUCUACAACCACUUCCACAACCACGCACUCUACAUCGACAACCACCACAGCAGCUACGACCACCACUAAAGCCACCACCACGUCGACCAGCACCAGCACAGGUUCUACUACUACUGCAACAGCAUCUCAUUGGGCGCAGUGUGGCGGUACUGGCUGGACAGGGGCGACGACAUGUGCCAGCCCAUAUACCUGCCAGGCCCAAAAUGCAUACUAUUCGCAAUGUCUGUAA